CAUAUUGUUGUGAAAGCGAAAUAGAGUAAGAAAUGCAAUAUAUAAAUAUCAGAGCUCUAGGGCUAUUGCGGACUCAACUAUUAAUAAGAAAUUCAUUUCAGAUUCCUCAGCCCUUCCCUGCUGUAUCCCAUUAAUGUUGAACCCUUGCCAAAUGGUUUCCGCAUGGCAGCUGCCGCGCAUGCGCUCUGCCAUGUGAUUAAAUUGGCUGCUGCGCCAGGACCUUAAUACUGAGGCGUGUUAGAGUGUAUUUUGAGAAACUUUUGUACCGAAUUGCAAAAAAAAGGAUUUUGGAAGAAAAAAACUUUUCACGGUGCAAGGCAGCGUUUUGCACAACGAUCGCACAGAAUUGUUCUUAACGUGAAUUAUUUAUCUUUAAUUUAUUUUGCGAUCUUUCUUGUUUUGCUAUCAUUGCUACAGUUAUCGGGCAGUAUCUAUAGGCAGCCCGACUGCUGGAACACCGAAGAAGUACAUCAUUUCAUUGACAGCGCUGGGAGAAGCGAACAAGCUUUUAAUUCCCAUCGCCCUAAGAGCUAUCCUGGGAUGACAGUAUCGAUGGAAUGAAUAUAUGAAGCGGAGAAUAAGUGGGAUAUUUUAUUGAAGCUUCGGAGAUCUACCACGUCAGAAGUUUGACUGGAUCCCAGGAGAGGACUGGAAGGACUGGAAGCACAGGCCCUAUGGAAAACACACACGAUCUCAAUGAGCAGUCGGUGAAGAAAGCGCACAGCGAAUCGCAUGUUUCCGAGCCCUCCGGUCCCAGGUCCAUGGAAAUGCAGGACUUAGCCAGUCCUCACAAUCGCGUCAGCAACGCUGAUACUUCGGCUUCCAAGCUGGACAAGACCAGCUUGGGUGGGACUCCGAUUACAUCCAAUGGGACUGGAGGCGAGAGCAUGACUGUUCUCAACACCGCCGACUGGCUCCUAGGCUGCAGCGCCCCCUCCUCUGCGCCAAUCAAGACGGAGCCCAUGAACAGCGACCCUGCCAGCACCCCCGGAGACGGUGCGCUGGACACCUACGCUGGCUCCGUGAUAACCAGCAGUGGCUACAGCCCCCGGUCCACCCAGCAGUACUCGCCACCCAUCUACCCCUCUAAGCCAUACCCACACAUCCUGUCGGCGCCGGCGGCCCAGUCCAUGCAGGCGUACGCAGGCCAGUCCCAGUUCAGCAGCAUGCCGCAGUCGUCCGUGUACAGCGCUUAUUCCCAGACGGGCCAGCCCUAUGGACUCUCCACAUAUGACUUGGGUGUCAUGUUACCAGGCAUCAAGACUGAGGGCGGAUUAUCUCAGUCGCAACCCCCCCUACAGGCCGGGCUGAGCUAGCCCGGGUUCACCACGCCCCAGCCAGGCCAAACACCUUACUCACCCUAUCAGAUGCCCGGCUCCAGCUUCACCGCCUCUUCGGGCAUCUACGCCAGUGGCAACUCCGCAUCCAACGCCGCCAACUUCAGCGGCUCCCAGCAGGACUACCCUUCCUACACGGCUUUUGGGCAGAACCAGUACGCCCAAUACUACUCAGCCUCCACCUAUGGGGCAUACGUGACCCACAGCCCUGCCCUGGACGGCACCAGCUCCGCCUCCUCCACCUAUCAGCUGCAGGACUCGGUGCCCACCCUGGCAGGACAGGCAGCUGAACUCCACCCAGCGGACUUCGACACCGUGCAGAGCCCCUCUACCCCCAUCAAAGACCUGGAUGACCGGACCUGCCGGAGCUCAGGUUCGAAGGCCCGUGGUCGGGGGAGAAAGAACAAUCCAUCGCCCCCCCCAGACAGCGACCUGGAGCGCGUGUUUGUGUGGGACUUGGACGAGACCAUCAUUGUGUUCCAUUCACUCCUCACUGGGUCAUAUGCACAGAAGUACGGCAAGGACCCUCCCAUGGCUGUCACCUUGGGGCUGCGCAUGGAAGAGAUGAUUUUCAACUUGGCUGAUACUCAUCUGUUCUUCAAUGACCUGGAGGAAUGCGACCAGGUCCACAUCGACGACGUGUCGUCUGACGACAAUGGCCAGGACCUCAGUACUUACAGUUUUGCAACUGAUGGCUUCCAUGCAGCUGCAACCAGCGCUAAUCUCUGCCUAGCAACGGGCGUGAGAGGUGGGGUGGACUGGAUGAGGAAGUUGGCAUUUCGCUACCGAAGAGUAAAAGAGUUGUAUAGCACAUACAAAAACAAUGUUGGGGGUUUACUCGGACCAGCCAAGCGGGACGCGUGGCUGCAGCUUCGGGCUGAAGUUGAGGCCCUUACAGACUCGUGGCUCACCAGCGCACUCAAGUCCCUGUCCAUCAUCAGCUCCAGGAGUAACUGUGUCAAUGUGUUGGUGACGACGACUCAGCUCAUACCGGCGCUGGCAAAAGUGCUGCUAUAUAGUCUGGGCAGCGCCUUUCCCAUCGAGAACAUUUACAGCGCCACCAAGAUCGGGAAAGAGAGUUGCUUUGAGCGCAUUAUGCAAAGGUUUGGCAGAAAAGUAGUGUAUGUUGUUAUUGGUGAUGGUGUGGAAGAGGAGCAGGCCGCCAAAAAGCACAACAUGCCGUUUUGGAGAAUAUCGAGCCACUCCGACCUGCUGGCACUGCACCAAGCACUGGAACUAGACUACUUGUAAUUGUAUCAUAAAGCUGGAAGCUCCCUUUUUUAUAUAUUUAAAACAGUACACUGCAACUACUUUUUUUUUCUUGUCUGUGAUUUUGAACCCCUGGCCUCCACGAACUGUUUCGAGAAGACGAGGACUCAACUUCUAAGCAGGAGUUACAGAAGGAGAUCCUGGUGUGUGUCGGACCCCCCCCCCCCCACCCUGUUCAAGGUCUCCUUCUCAGUGUUUGUAUCCUUCCCAGGAGAGGUGUGAUAGGCACUGCUCAGUAGAUGACGUGAAAUUCCCCCCCCCCCCCCCCCCCAUCGCUUCCUGGAGAGAUUCUAGUGCUUUUGCCAUGGACUCCAAUCCCCAGGGCUUCAAAACAAAACUAGCCCCCGUUAUUCUCAUCCCAGCUUAUACCGCACCUGCCUACCGACUUACCUACCUGCCCCAGCGAAACUAGUGAUAGAGCUGCACAGAGUAUGACAAUCAAGUCUAGAUUUACCAUUUUGUGUAAAUUAUUUUACAGUUACUAGUUUAAUGUGGACGUGGACAAGUUUGGAAAUUAAGACUUAAUUUUAUCUCUUUUGUAAGUUUCUGCAGAGAACGUGCAUAAUGAUUUGUUGUGCCUUAAAGUGUGUUCAUUGUAAUUUUGUUUUUAAGAACAUGUAGAUUUAAAAAAAACAAAAAAAAAAAAAAACAUCUUUGUGAUAAUUUUUUUUGACCAAAUUUGCUGAGUGUGAGGUUGGCGGUUCUGGAUGCUGAGCCGUCGAGCCCUUGGCUGAAGCCAGAUGGAAAAAUAAAGCGGUUUGAGUUAA